AUGAACAAUCCUGAAAAGGAGCGGAGGCCAUCGCGAUCUGGCAACCGUAUCACCAACUUCUUCUCGUCCCCCAAAAACAGAGAGCAAUCGCUUGCCAUGCAUCAACAACAACAAUCAGCUCUCGGUUCCUCGACUCUCAACCUUCCGACCAUCUCCCUGUCCACCGCCUCGGGGAUCGAUCACGACGGCAGCGACUCUACCCAGACCCUCUUCUCGCCGCUGACCGCUGUCGAGGCCGAGGAGACGCGCAAACGUCAUGCCCAGUUCGGCCCGCUCAAUGAUCCAAGCCACCUCUACGUGAGCAUGCAUCAUGGCGAGCCCCUGGAAGCCCCGGUCGUCGACGAACCCCCCUAUUACAUCCUCAUUACCACCUACAUCAGCUAUUUGCUGCUCAUCCUGCUCGGUCACAUCCGCGACUUCUUUGGCAAGCGCUUUGGCGACAAGAAGAAGUAUCAGAGCCUGAAGCCCUAUAACGGCUUUGCCCCGCUCAACGAUGAUUUCGACAGCUUCUACACCCGCCGCCUGAAGAUGCGCCUCGACGACUGCUUCGCCAGGCCCACCACGGGCGUCCCCGGUCGCUACAUCUCCAUCAUGGACCGCAAGUCGGACGACUUCAACCAGACCUACCAGUACACCGGAACCACUACCGAGACCCUCAACAUGAGUUCCUACAACUACCUCGGUUUUGCCCAGUCCGAAGGUCCUUGCGCCGAUGCCGUCGAAGAGUGCGUUACGCGAUACGGCCUGAGCUUCACCAGCCCCCGCUCUGAUUCUGGCACUUCGGAUCUGGUCAUAGAGGUCGAGCGGGAGAUCGCCAACUUUGUGGGCAAGCCCGAUGCCAUGGUCUUCUCGCAGGGUUUUGUCACCAACGCCAGCUCUUUCCCCGCUCUCGUCUCCAAAGGCUGCCUGAUUCUCUCCGACGAGCUCAACCACGCCUCCAUUCGCAUCGGCGCCCGCCAGUCCGGUGCCGUCAUUUCGGCCUACAGACACAAUGAUAUGAACCACCUGGAGAAGAAGCUGCGGGAGGCCAUCUCCCAGGGCCAGCCUCGCACCCAUCGUCCCUGGAAGAAGAUCCUCGUCGUUGUCGAGGGUCUCUACUCCAUGGAAGGCACCAUGUGCGACCUGCCUGGUCUCAUCGCCCUCAAGGACAAGUACAAGUUUUACCUCUUCGUGGACGAGGCCCACAGCAUCGGUGCCCUCGGCCCCCGCGGCCGCGGCGUCUGCGACUACUUUGGCGUGGACCCUGCGCGUAUCGACAUUCUCAUGGGAACCUUGACCAAGUCUUUCGGUGCCAACGGCGGUUACGUCGCGGCUGAGAAGCACAUCAUCGACAAGCUCCGCAUGACCAACACCGCGAACCACUACGGAGAAACGCCCGCGCCUUCCGUGCUGAUGCAGAUUCUGAGCUCGCUCAAGCUCAUCACGGGCGAACUCUGCCCAGGCCAGGGUGACGAGCGGCUCCAGCGGAUCGCCUUCAACUCGCGGUACCUCCGUCUGGGGCUGAAGCGCCUCGGCUUCAUCGUUUACGGCCACGACGACUCGCCCAUUGUCCCCAUCGUGCUCUACAACCCGGGCAAGAUGCCGGCCUUCAGUCACGAGAUGCUCAAGCGCAAGAUCGCCGUCGUCGUCGUCGGCUACCCCGCCACGCCCUUGAUCUCGUCGCGUGCCCGGUUUUGCGUCUCCGCCGCUCACAACAAGGAUGACAUGGAUCGCCUCCUGGCCGCCUGCGACGAGGUGGGCGACAAGAUGCAGCUCAAGUUCGCGUCGGGCAUCGCGGGCGGCGCCGACCCGCUCCCCGAGGGCGUCACGCCCGAAAUGGAGAAGGAGUGGCGCAAGGCCAACGGCCUCGAGGGCGUCGUCAAACCACCCCGGUGGUCGAUUGAGGACGUCGUCGCGCACGGCGUCCAGGACGCCAAGGUCCGGCUGCGAUAG